UUCCACCCUUCCGGCCCCGCGUUCCAUCAGCUGCUGGCACCUUCCGCCCAGCGCCGGCUUUCCGCGCGACGGUCGCCAAGUUCUAUUUUCGCGUGGCCUCUGCGGCGCCCGAGCCCGCAAUGUCGGGCCCCAACGGGGAUCUAGGCAUGCCGAUGGAUGUGGAAAUGGAAGACGAGAGUGACAGCUUCGGGGAAGCAGAGUAUGCUGCCAUCAACUCCAUGUUGGAUCAGAUCAACUCUUGUCUGGACCACCUGGAGGAGAAGAAUGACCACCUCCAUGCCCGCCUCCAGGAGCUGCUGGAGUCCAACCGGCAGACACGCCUGGAAUUCCAGCAACAGUUUGGGGAGGACCCCAGUGAUGCCAGCCCCUAGCUGCCAGGAGCCCCCAAGCAGGCCCCACCCUCACCUCUCUAGGCCAUGUUCUGGCCUGGGUAGAUACUACCUGGCUUAGACACCAUCUCAGGUACUGGCCUUCAGAUCCCCAGUGGGUCUACCAGCCUGGACCAGGCCCCAAUGCCCAUCAUCCCUUCUGGAGCCAGGUGUGGUCCUACAGCUUACUUGUCUGCCUGCCCAGCUCUCGUCUCUCCUCCCUCCCCCAGGACUGAGUGUCCAUAUUAAAGAGAUCUCCCACCCCA